AUUCAAGACACUUUUAUCGAUAAAAGAGGGUUCAAAAUAUGAGCCUUUAACUUUCUAUUCGUUCUUUAACCAUUGUCAUUCAAUCCGUUCGCCUUCUAUUUAGCAUUCGAUGGAUCUUGAUUUAUAUUUAAGUCGCACGUAAAAAAUAAGUUAAUUAGAUGUUCGAAUAUACAUGCGAAUAAGAGCUUUGAGCUACAAAAUGCUUCUUGAACCAUUUCAUUGCCAUUAUUUUUUCUAAAGUUACAACCCAUUGAAUUUUACCUAAGUUACACACACAAGCUAAGUGUACAAAACAAUGAACUUAUAAAAGAAACAUAACCUAGCAAAAAUGGACGUUCAAUUAAACUCCGCUGAAAUCGUUGACAGCUUAACACAAAAUUUUAAGUAUGUGACGCUGAUUUGUUUCGAACGCAAUCGUUGUAAAGUUGUUGAGGAUUGACUUUCGCUUAUAAAUUCUUGAAACAAUGCAAGUAUGCUCGCAAAACUUAGCUUCUUGUUAUUGUUUAUUUGCAUAGCAUGCGUCUUAUUUAUCGCAUUCACGGAGAAAGAUUUGCGACCGAAGGAGAAUGUGAUUUCCGCGCAAGCGACAGUUGGGACAAAUGGCAGAUCAUUCAGUAGUAUCAGACUAAUAAUUGAGCCUUUUUGCAACGCCACUUUGCUGGCAUGGAUCGUCACGUCGUACGCAGGUGAUCCCUCAGUUAGAAGUGCCUUACGACGCGCGUACACAAACGAAGAAUUACAAGCUUUGGGAAUCAGAAGAGUAUUUCUGCUCGGCACGUUGGAUGACAAUGCUGAGAGGAAGUCUCGUGUGUCCCAAAAUGCACUGUUGGAUGAAUCACGACGAUUCGACGAUAUACUGCAGGGAGACUUCCUGGACACUUACAAGAACUUGACUCACAAGCACCUGAUGGGUCUUCGAUGGGCAGUGAAUAACUGCAAACAUCUGCAGUACAUCAUGAAGAUGGACGAUGAUAUUGUCGUAAAUAUGUAUGGCAUAUUGGACAAGUUGCACGAUACAGUACACAAGGACUCUUUGAUUGGUUAUGCUUUAAAAAAUAUGAUACCCGUUCGAGAGACAGCCAACAAAUGGUAUGUAAGUAGGGCGGAAUAUUCGGGUAGUAUUUACCCAGAUUUCGUCUCUGGUUGGAUGUAUAUUGUACACUCAAAAGCAGCGAGACGUUUGACCAAUUAUGCCGAGUCUUCCAAUAAAUACUUCUGGAUAGACGACGUAUUUGUGACUGGUAUCUUGAGGCAGGCUUUAAACAUAAAGAUUCAAGACAUCGGGGAAUUAUAUACGACGGAUUAUAGAUACUUGGAAUGUUGCAUAAAAGGAAGAAAAAACUCGUUAAAGUGUGAAUUUCUCGUUGGUCCUAAUGGGGGUGAUGUAGAAUUGCAAGUGAAAUUCCAGGAAUUUGCCAAGUUUUGUCAUACGAAUUGUUCUGUCCGUACAAAGACCAAUUUUGUAAGUAAAACCUGUGUGGUAGCUUACAAGGAACCAAGUCUUCAAGCAGGUGCUGUGCAAAUAGAUACUGUGAAUAUUUUAUAAAAUAUGAUAGGUCAGAGCAGGUAAAUCAAUAAGAUUAAUACAUAUACGAUUUUAUAAAGAAUAUUCUCUACUUAUUCUAUUUAUUGUUAUACGAAAUUUGUACAAUAUUUUACAACAUCUCACAUAUAUGUAUCUAACAUAUAUGUGUAAUGAAACAAUUGUAUAUAUAUUAUAUACAUAUAAUAUAUAUUAAUAUAAAAUAUAUAUAUAUUAUAUACAAUAAUAUAUAUAAAAUUUUAAAGUAAAACACUGUUUAAAGUUUAUUCUCUGUCCUUUCCAUAACAAUGAAAUUAAUAAGGCAAUCGUUACAUCAUAUUGCUUUCUGAUUUAA